UCGGAAAUCCAUCCCAUAUUAGAGGACAACUUUACCGAGUAUGCCCAGUAACACCUCAAGUGCUAGAACCCACAAGUCGUGCGAUGCAUGCACGUCGCGCAAAGUUCGAUGUCCCGGUCCGGGGCCAUCUGGAACUUGUAGCAACUGCACGAGAAGGAAGAGUGAGUGCGUUUUUGGCGUGAGAAAGCUAGCCCGCAGGCCAAACAUCCAAAGACAAUUUUUCCCUUCGAGCCGGUCUUCCGGCACGCCCAAUGACAUACAACAAGGGUGCACCGUAUCGGUUUUGGACUUCGCAACACUGCCAACACCGGCAUCCAAGUCACCGGACCCGACAAUCUCGGAGAAAUCAUCCACACCCGAUCCAAGUUCCCGACGGCCCGCUCCGCACCGGAUCCCGGAACUCUACGUUGAUCGAGUACUCGAUCGAGCGCGUAAAGCUCCGAGAUCAAUCAGACCCUCCGAAGCUUCCAAUUAUGUCAAAGGUUAUGGUAUUUUUGGCGGCACCAAGAACUUGACCUUCUUUUCUGAAGGCAGAUUAAAAUCGCUCGCACAAUGUCUUGGCCAUGAAAAGGUUCACGAUCUCGUUGGGCGGAUUGCAAGCGCCGUUGAAGAGCGCGGAAGAUUCGUCAAACUUCGUACUUGUAGUCUGAAUCGUCAACCUGAGCGCCCGGCCUGUCUUGACGACAAACCUCUUCUCGCGAAGUAUGUAAAGCUGUAUUUUGAGCGUGUACAUCCUCGAUUCCCGUUCCUCGAUCGCGAAGCAUUUGAGAGGACAGCUUUCAGCCAGGAUCAACCUCUCUCCGCACCCAAGAGCAAGUCAUGGAUAUGUCUUUAUCAUUCUGUCCUUGCUCUCGGUUGUCAAUACGAUGAUGGAGGGUCUUUUGAGCCCGGGAAAGGCGAUGCAUGGGCAUUUUUCUCCAUCGCUCUAGCCAACUUUACCGAUUUGAUUAUGCUACCAGACACACUUACAACUUUCCAAGCCGUAGUGGCAAUGGUGAUAUACUCACUCGGCAUCGCUGGGAUCGUACUCGAGCAUGUUCUCAUGUCAGAAGCUGCCCGGAGGGCACAGAAUCUUGCCGACGCCAAGUUUGUCGGAGCCGCAGCAGACGCAUUCCGGCGAACCUUUUGGGUGUUCUACUCUUUGGAGAAAAUCAAUAGCUUCCAUCAUGGCAGAUCAUCUGCCAUCAUGGACUGCGAUAUAUCCUGUUCAGUUCCAUCAACGCCUGAGUCCUUCUUCUCUGGCGGAUUCGAUUGGUUUCUGUGUUUCAUUAGCCAUGCGCGUCUGCUAUCACGAGCCAAUACAUCGCUGUUCUCGGUUGGCGUAUCAGAUAAUCCAGGGGAAUACCACCUAGACAUCAUCGACCAGCUUUUGGACGAGCUCGAAGAUUGGAGGAACUCACUGCCCGAUAACGGGUUCAGGCCCGGUGGUUGGGUCAAACCUCACUCGAUCGUUGAAGAACAAGAGCGAACAGUUGCUCUAGUCACUCACUUUCUCUACUACAGUUUUCUCCUAACGAUAUCGCGAAUGGCUUUGAAGUACUUGCCAGUGUCAGAUGACUCUGCAGGCUGUUCUCGUCGAGAUGAGACUCUCAACACUGUGGAGCAUAGUGCUCGUUCCUUGCUAGAAUUGAUCUCGAUAAUAGACAUGUCCCCCUACACCCCCAUGUGGAUGAUGGCAACAAUUCCCAUCAUGGCCUUUUUUGUCCUUUUCGACCUCGUAAUUCACAACCCUCGGCAAAUACAUACAGCAACCAAUUUGGCAUUGCUUGACGUUGUGAAAGGCCACUGCAGCCGAAUGGAAAUGAUCUCCAACGGGGCGAUACCGGGUUCGAUGGUUGGCGAGUUCUCACAGAUCGCUCGAAGUUACGUGAACGAGGUCAACGGUCGGAGUCCAACCGGCUUGACACCCCAUGCGACAUCUGAAGCGUUCCAGGCGCUCUCUACGCAGCCUCAAUGGUCGCUCCCACAGCAGCCCGAUUAUGACGUCGCGUCGACGGACAUUCACACCGACUUCUCGACUGUUGCCGAGGGCGAGCUGGACCUCGCAUGGGUAGCACUAACGGCAAUUUUACAGAUGAACUUGGCCCCGAGCUCGGCUAUGACUGGGCGUAUGGACAUUGAGGGGUCCGCGGUCGCCCCGAGUCCGCUCAUCGGAACUGACGUGAUGAAUCUCUUUGAAUGCUGGCUUCCCGACCUGGAUCCCGUGUUCUUCCAUGGUAUGAGCACGCAAAACAACAUGAACCAAUCGACUGGUCAGCAUGAGUUUACCAUUUCCCCAGAUCCGUUAUAUGGAAACAUCCCAUGA